UUGUAUGGGACAACUCCCCCUGGCCCUCACGUGUAAUCUUUUUCAUUUUCCUAAAAAUGGAGUACCCACCAAACAACACAAUUUACAUUAACAACUUAAAUGAAAAGGUCAAGAAGGAAGAACUGAAGAAAUCACUGUAUGCCAUUUUCUCACAAUUUGGUGACAUACUUGAUAUAGUGGCACUCAAGACACUCAAAAUGAGGGGACAAGCUUUUGUUGUGUUUCGUGACAUUGGUAGUGCCACUAAUGCUUUACGAUCGAUGCAAGGAUUCCCUUUUUAUGAUAAACCGAUGCAUCUUUAUUGCAUUGCACUGCUCUCUCCAUCUUUUCUCUCUCUCUAUAACUAAUGACACCCACCACUUGGUGUGGUUCCAGAGGAUAGCUUAUGCAAAGACAAAGAGUGAUGCCAUUGCCAAAGUUGAUGGAAGUUACGUUGAAAAGAAGAAAAAGAAAUCAGAAGAAGCUCGUCCAAAAAAAGCAAAGCAGUCAGCUAGUGCUGGUGGAUCAAAUGCUUCAGGAAGCACAGGAGGAGGAGGAGGCAAUAAAGGUUCAAGUAUUCCAAACAAGAUUUUAUUUAUCAGUAAUCUCCCACCUGAGACGACUGAAGUGAUGCUAAAGAUGCUGUUUGAACAGUUUCCUGGCCUACAAGAGAUUAGGCUGGUGCCUUCACGUACUGAUAUUGCAUUUGUGGAAUAUGAGAAUGAGAGUCAAGCAACGGAAGCCAUGAGCUCUCUCCAGGACUUUAAAAUAGUUCCAACUCACCCCAUGAAAAUCACAUAUGCUAACAAGUAGCAUGACCCAUUUUAAUAAAUAAUAAUUUUAAUGAAAAUUUAAAAACAUUUUUCAUUAAA